AUGUCUGUUUACAGGCGAUUGUCUAAUAAAAAGCCAAUAAAGACGAAAUACAGCAGUAUGGCUCGUGUGCCCAUCAAGGCUGACAAGGUAGAUGAGGCCAUGAAGUUGGCACAGAAGAUGGAUGAUGACCUAGAAGAAUGGGUAGCAAGCAGACCUAAGAGAGACAAUAGCAGCAUAACUGAUAUGACUGCUGAAGAACUUGCAGAAGAAUUAAACAACCACCCAGCAUUCAUCAAGGAAAUAGAUCCUACCAAGCCAUUGCCACCAUUACUUGAGGGUCUCCAAGCACUGAAAUAUGACUGUGAGUCUCCUGUAGAAAAGGCCGAGAAUUACAAGGAAGAUGGCAAUGUAAACUUCAAGCGGAAACAAUACAAGAUUGCUAUAGACAACUACACUGAAGCCAUCAAGAUCAAAUGUCCAGACAAGCUUAUUAAUGCACAGCUAUAUACUAACAGAGCUGCAGCACAGAUGAGACACAAGAAUUAUGGAUCUGCGCUAAAAGAUUGUGUUUUUGCGACUAAGUUUGUUCCCAAUCAUAUGAAGGCAAUAUUAAAAGGAUCUGAAUGCAGUGUUAAGCUGGCUAAGUACCAGCAAGUGAUGAACUGGUGUGACAUUGGCCUAGAGGUGGAGCCAACCAAUGAGACACUACUAGCUACAAGGCAAGAGGCACAGAAUGCACUGAAAUCACAAGAGAGAGACAGAAGGAAGGAGGAAAUGAGACAACGAAAGGAGGACGAAAAAAUAGACAAACUUUACAAAGCAAUCAGGUCCAGGGGGAUAGAAAUGGAUAGACCUGAAUCAGAAAUCACUCCUACAUGGCUACGUCAAUUCUUUGAACCACUGCAUCCAAGUGGUAGUGUGAUUCAUUUAGAUGAUGCGGGUGUGCUUCAUUGUCCCGUCAUGUUUGUCUACCCAGAGAUUGGCCAGACGGAUAUGAUUGAAGAUUUCACAGAAUCUGACAGAUUUAUUGAACACAUUGAGACAAUGUUUGGGGAAGGUGUAGCACCAGCUCCAUGGGACAGAAAUCGCAAGUACACUUCUGAUGCAAUACAGAUUUAUUACGAAGACAAGAAUGAAGAAAGAUUGGUCAACAUCCCCUCUACAAACACUUUGCUACAGAUCUUAACUGAUAAAAGGUUCACCCUACACUGCAGUACAAUAGCAUUCAUCCUUCUUAUACGAGGAGAUUCAUUCACACAAACAUUUUUAGACAGAUAUAAAACAUCCUAGCACUAUUUUCAUCACAUCAAUUAUUUUAGUAUGGUUAUUAAGGUGGACCAAUAAGAAUGGAGUUAUCAAAAUGAGGCACAUUUCAUGGACUCGAAUCCUUUACAUGUUGGCUUUCAUUAUUAGGGAAAAGUUACCUCUAGAGGCCCAGUUGAUUGACAAAACUUAUGAAUUCAAUAUGUCACACCUGUGUGUACACAUAUAUUGAGAAUAUGGCAGAAUUUACUAUUAUCAUAUUAAUUUGGGGAUUUUAAUAAAUGUGAUAUAGAAGUCAUUAUGUAUGAAUUGAUGAUUGGAAUGGGGAAUUCUGUAUUGUGGGGUUUUCAUUUGAUGCAGGGCUUGGUUGGCACUGCGUAAAUUAUCGGUUUUUGUGUUACCACAAUAAGUGGUAAUAUUGUCAUAAUCUAAAAAUCUUUGGUGAAUUGUGUUUGAGCGGUUGGUGGUCAGUGUCUGCAACAAAUGGCAGGUUGU